AUGCAGCUUAGAGAACGCGGGAGUGCAAACCGGCGCGUCGUCACAAAUGACGACUCGGCAGCCGCCGGGGAGCGUCGGGCACCGUACCAAGCGAUCGGGCUCGAGAGGGUCGGCAUCGACGCUGGGGCGACGGCCAAGCGCACACUCCUCAACAUCUUUGUCGCCACAAUCAGCCGCCGGAUCAAUCAGCGGACAUCAGAGCGCUCGGAUCCUUUUCCCUACUUCUCGAGAUUCCUGACCGACCUCAAUAAGUCUGAGACGGCAAGCGGCUGGAUCUCUGAUCUUGAGCUUAUGCAUCAUUACACUUCCGUAUCAUACCGAACGUUUUCACAGUCUUCCAUCGCCCAGAAGGCCCUCCAAUACGAUGUUCCCAGAGAAGCACUCUCCUAUCCCUUCCUGCUUCACCAAAUCCUUGCUUUCUCGGCCUACCACCUAGCAUACCUCCAGCCCGACUGUCGCCAUGCCUACCUCAUGCAGGCCGCUCAGCACCAGAACGACGCCAUCAACGGCAUGCGGGGGACCCUCCUGGGCACAAUCUCGCCAACAAACUGUCACGCACUUUUCGCCUCCUCGAUCUUCCUUACCCUAAGUGCCUUCGCCACCUACCCCAGCUACGAAAAAUACAACCCUUCCUUCUCCCCAAUCGACAGCAUGCUCGACAUCUUUACCCUGACGGACGGCAUGAGUGUGAUUUUACGCGCGUCUGAUGAUGAUCUACGGAAGGGUCCACUGCGCGAGAUUUUCAUCCGUGCCGCCGGCGACACCACGCCCACGACGGUAGAGGCAACGCUCCAGCCCCUAUUCGACAGGCUCCCCCGUCUGAGCACCCAACUGGCUGAGAUUGGUCUGGUCGAGCACGAGGGAAAAUACACAAUCACGAACUCUAUUAUAGCCUUGAGCGAAUGUAUCGCCAAGGUCUCAACUGUUAACGCCAUGUCGGCGCCGGUAGAGUUUCGUGCCGUAUUCUUGUGGCCAAUCUUGAUGUCUACCGAUUAUCUUGAUUUGCUUCGACGGCGUCAGCCGGCCGCCUUGGUAGUACUGGCACAUUACUGUGUCAUCAUUCAUUUGGCCGAGCCUUUCUGCUGGUUUUUGAACGGUUGGACCAAAUGUCUCAUGUCGAUCAUUUCACAACAACUAGCCGGGACGCCCUGGGCAGAACUGGCAAUGUGGCCCAUAGAGGUCGUUGGAGUUGGUGGCUACGAGGUGCAACUGGACCGUAUGGUCCACGCCAUGCCCAUUGUUCUAUAG